AUGUCCUCUGCUUUCUCUGAAUCUCAAUCAAACUGUACUCAUUCUCCAGACGGCGCCGUUUCUCCUUUCCCCAUUUCCACUCAGAGGAGUGUUCGAGAACUGAGCAAGGAUAUCGAGCCAUUAGUGCGUGAGAGUACUCCCUUCACAACAAGGAGGGCUUUGUUUGCGAGUAUAUUCAUGUACUCGUUGUAUGAUCCUUCAAGGUACUUGUCAGCUCUAGCUUUAGGGGAUCCAUCUGUUACAAUUGAAGAAGUAACUCCCCCAGUUUUUGCUUCCGGGGCACUCUUCCCCACUGAGGAGAGAAUUGUCGAACUCUUUGAGAAGAACACAUAUUCUGUUGUGAACAUUUUUGAUGUAACAUUGCGCCCUCAACUUAAUGUAACCGGCGUGGUCGAGGUUCCUGAAGGAAAUGGUUCAGGAGUAGUUUGGGAUAAACAAGGACACAUUGUAACAAACUAUCAUGUAAUUGGUAAUGCACUCUCAAGAAAUCCAGGUCUUGGGGAUGUUGUUGCACGAGUUAACAUUCUAGCUUUGGAAGGGGUACAGAAGAAUUUUGAGGGUACCUUAGUUGGUGCUGAUCGUGCGAAGGAUCUUGCUGUCUUGAAGGUAGAAGCCUCUGAAGAUCUGUUGAGGCCAAUUGUUGUGGGGGAGUCAUCUUCUCUAAGAGUUGGGCAGCAGUGUUUAGCAAUUGGAAAUCCAUUUGGUUUUGAUCAUACCCUCACUGUUGGAGUUAUUAGCGGACUGAAUCGAGACAUAUUUAGUCAAGCUGGAGUCACCAUUAAUGGUGGAAUUCAAACCGAUGCAGCUAUCAAUCCUGGGAACAGUGGAGGACCCCUGCUAGAUUCAAAAGGAAAUUUGAUUGGGAUAAAUACUGCAAUAUUUACUCAGUCAGGGACAUCAGCAGGUGUAGGAUUCGCUAUCCAAUCAUCAACUGUACUAAAAAUUGUUCCUCAGUUGAUCCAGUUUGGCAAGGUUGUACGAGCUGGUUUGAAUGUAGAUAUAGCUCCAGACCUGAUUGCAAAUCAACUCAAUGUUCGAUAUGGAGCUCUUAUCCUACAGGUCCCUAAAAAUAGUGUUGCAGCCAAGGCUGGCCUACUUCCCACCACAAGGGGAUUUGCGGGUAACAUAGUUCUCGGGGAUGUCAUUGUCGGAGUUAACAACAAACCUGUUAAAAACCAAGCAGAGUUGAACAGCGUACUGGAUGAAUUUAGCGUGGGAGAGAAAGUAAUCUUAAAUAUUCAGAGGAGCGGUGAAAAUUUAGAGGUUCCCAUAAUAUUAGAGGAAAAGAGUUCAUAA